AUGGCUCACGGCACUGGUGAUUGGAAACCACCGAAUGAUUUUAUGCCUGACAACCCAGAGUUUACUGGUAGUCCUGGAAUUCAGUUGGACUGGCUAACUACAGUGCAGCUACACUUGAGGGAUGAUAUUUUAGGGGAUAUCGUCACUCAGACCAACAUUUAUGCUGCGCAGUACCUGACACUUAAUGAUCAGAGUCUCAUCGCCAGGAAAGGGAGAAUUAAAAAAAUUGGCAAACUACCUAUGCUAAUGGACAUUAUUUAA